AUGGAGACCUCGGACGCGUCGAUCGAGCCCCAGCCUGCUUCCAGGUCACAGAGGGUGUCCAAGCCUCCGUCGUACCUCCGCAACGCAUACCAGCUGACUCAGAAGCGACAGCGCGGGAGGAAAGCGGAGCGAUCGGUUGCAGUGCCAGCCAAGCGCGCCAGGGUGACGAAGGCGAAGGGGGUUCCUCUGAAUGCUACAGCAUCCGCUGCGCCAGAGACUUCAGUGGCGGAGGCACCUCAGGCAGAGGUGGAGAUAAGCGUCGGUGCGGGCGAUGAGGACAUCGAGAGUGAGAGCGAGGCACGCCCGGCGCCCUCCCGGUCGAAGAACUUGGCCUCUGUGAUGGCAGAGUCACAGGCGACUGCCACCACCAGGCCCCGUCCUCCGCCCGUGCGUGUGCCGGACAACCCUUUUGUGGCCAUGCCUGUAGCUGGGUCGUCUCGUGACCCGACAGCGCCCGGGGAGGAGACACACAUUCUGAUUAGUCGCGCGGAGUUCGAGGCCUUGAAGAAGGCGCAAGAAGCGAGCGCGCGCACCGUGGCCCGUCUUGAAGAGGAGCUGAGGUCUGCUAAGGCUGUGCAGGCGCGUGCACCCCCUCGCAGGCCGGACGAGCAUGUCUCGGGGAGCGGUGGUGCUUCUGGUCGGAAGCGGAAGCGUCGGGAAGAACUCGCCGAUGAGGAGACAUCCGACGAGGAGAGCGAGGAUGAGCCACCCACCAAGAGGGGGCAUCUGAGGGUGUCCAAGUCACCGGUCCUGCAGCGGGCGCUGAAUUUUCUGCCCGCAAACAAGUCGUGGAAGCGCGCGUGCGACCUGGUGAAAGAUUACCUCUUCUUUGAGAAGGAGAACGCCCGGAUCACGUUCUAUCCGAGCAGCGACGACAAGACGGUGGGAGUGUGUGCAGUGAUCGAGCGCCUGCCUUUCGAUUUCGCGACACUUGCUCUGGCUGCGGACAAGGCAAGACGGUCGGAUUUGAACAAGGCCCUUAGCGAGUGGAAGUCGGGCGCAGCAGGAAGGACGCGGGACAUCUCGUGUCCACGGAUGGGGCUUUUCCGCGACGAGCGAGAUACGCGCAGCCCAUGGGCCACGAAGAAGGACCGUACUCUGGAGGAGAUACGAUCGCAUUAUGGGCUGCUGCUCGGCGUUGACGAUCCCCUGGCAUUGUCCAAGUUUGGGAACGAUCGGGAGGGGAUGCCGUUCGCCUCUGGCGCAUUCGUGGCAUGCGCGGUUGCGGCAUUCAAGCCGAAGAAGGUGGUCGGGCCACUGACGGUGAAGCUUUACCACCUGGCGUGGCUGGAGCAUGUGGUGACCGACACGCUGGUGAACUGGGAGGCGAGGAAGGGGCGACUGUCGAACUCUGCCUGUGGAAACGCGCAGGUGGUCGAUGGGCUCGUGAUCCUUGCGCGUGAGGCAGUGUCGAACGCGAUCAGAAUCUUCAAGCCUAAGUACGACGUCGCCUCGUGCUCGUGGACCUGGGGGCGCCAUGGCCUUCGACUGUCCUCGUGCGGGCUGGAGGACUUAAUUCCAGCGACUGCCGCUACCCGUGAUGGGGCAGAGGUUCAGGCGGACGAGAUCUCUGGGUCGCUUGGAGGCCCGUAA